AUGAUGCAGGGCAAUAAGAUCAGACGAGUUGCAGCUACUCGCAUGAAUGAGAGGUCAUCUCGAUCACACACGAUUUUCCGGAUUAUUCUGGAGUCGAAAGAUGCCAAUCAGAAAGAUGGACCUGUACAUAUAAGCUACCUUAACUUAAUGGACUUAGCUGGUUCUGAGAGAGUUUCUCUGACGAAAGCUUGCUGGUGA